CAACGUGGCACCCGUUGCCCAGCAACGCUGUGUCAACCUCAUUUUCCAAAACACUAUUUAACCCCACAGUAUGUUUUUUCUGGUCGGCUGUCAUGAUAAUUAUAAAUCUUGAACUUGUCCUUUAGUUUGGAAAAAUAGGCUGCAAAAUGGGAAAGAAAGUGAAGAAGGAGAGUGAAACUCCAUGCAAGGAAACGUCACAGUUUGAGCCACUACCUGUUGAGGGCAGAACCCCAGCAACAGUAGUGCUGCUGCUGAGCUCCCCAGAGGAGGACAUCCUGGCCAAAGCAUGUGAAGCAAUCCACACAUUUGCAGAGAAGGGAGAUGAUAACAAGGUUUCUCUGCUGGGACUUGGGGCAUUGGAGUCUCUUUGUCAGCUCAUCACUCACAACAACAAGCUGGUCAGACGCAAUGCCUUCAUGGCCCUGGGCAUCAUGGCCACCAACGGUGAUGUAAAGAGUGCUCUGAAAAGAUUUGAUGUCAUUCCAUCAAUCAUUGACAAACUGUCAGUUGAAGACGAUAUAGUUGUCCAUGAGUUUGCAACACUGUGCCUGGCCUCUCUGUCAGUGGAUUUCAUCUGUAAGGUCCAGAUAUACGACAGCAAGGGCUUGCCACCUCUAAUCCAGCUCCUAUCCAGUCCAGACCCCGAUGUCAAGAAGAACUCGCUAGAGAUCAUCUUCAACCUGGUUCAGGACUACCAAAGUCGUCUGGCAGUACAUGAGUUGGGUGGGAUCCCUCGACUUCUGGAACUGUUGAAGUCGGACUUUCCUGUCAUUCAGCAUUUGGCUUUAAAGACGCUGCAGAAUCUCACCACCGAUAAAGAUACACGCAACACCUUCAGGGAAGAGCAAGGAUUUGAGAAGCUCAUGGAUAUCCUCAGUAACACCGACUUCAGCGACCUUCAUGCUGAGGCCUUACAGGUAGUUGCUAACUGUCUGAGCGACAGUGAGACUUUCCAGCUGAUCCACAAGGCUGGAGGACUGACCAGGCUGAUGGAGUUUGUUCUCACCCCCAACAUGCCUGAAAUCCAGUCCAACGCUGUUAAAUGCAUCGCCAAGGUUGCUCAGAGCUCUGAGAAUCGCAAACUGCUUCAUGAGCAGAAGGUGGAGAAGGUUCUGGUAGAGCUUCUGUCUGUGGCGGACGUCAGCGUGAAAACGGCUACCUGCCAGGCUGUGCCCGCCAUGAGCCUUCACCUAGCCAGCAAAGACAGCUUCAGAGACCUGGGUGGUAUCCCUGCAGUUGUACAGUUGCUGAACAAUGACAGUUUGGUGCUGAGAGAGGCAGCAACCCAGGCUCUCUCUAACCUCACACAUAACAACCAGCUCAACGCAUUUGCAGUAUAUGAGGCAAGAGGCCAUGAGAUCCUUGUCCAGCAGCUCCAUGGAAGCUGUCCGAGGACGGUGGCCAAUUCUGCUGCCACACUUGGCAACAUGGCUGGACAGGAGGUCAUCCGCUGCAGCAUCUUGUCACACGGAGCCAUACAGGCUCUAGUGGAGCCUUUGAAGUCCACAGAUACACAGGUCCUGGUCAACACUACGAAGUGCCUGGCAGUGCUGGCCUGUGAUACAGAAGCUAGGGCAGAGCUACAAAGUGCUGGCGGCCUUCAACCACUGGUCAAUUUGCUGCGCUCCUAUUACAAGGAGGUAUUGCAUAAUGCAUGCAUGGCUAUCAAUGCCUGUGCUAGUGAUGAGCCCACUGCUGUGGAGAUGUGCAAAUUUGGAGCCCUGGAAAUGCUUCAGGAAAUCAACCAAUCAGCGAAUCGUAGGAGCAGUUUCAGCAAGUUGGCCAUGAUCAGGCUGCUUAACUCCAACUUGUCUGUUAAAUACAGCCUGACAGAUCAUUUGGCCUCCACUGACAUUAUGAGAGAUGGCUUUUAUGAUGGUGGGAAGGUUUGUGCAGGUCAGAGGAUUCUGACUUUAGAGGAACUGUCCAAACAGCCUGUCAACCAGCACCGGCCCAUCAUUGUUGUUAACGCAGCAACAGAGAAGAAGAAAGAGGAUGACAAACAGAAAGAUGAGACCCAGCCUGAGUCUCCAACAGAGAAACCGUGGAAGAUGAUGGAUGACGUCACAUUGCAGCUUCUAGUUAAAGAGGCCAAAGAAUCCAUCCUCCCACUGAAUGAUGAACGAGAGCAGUAUGCUGCCUUGGCCAGGCUGGUGAGCGAAGCCAUGGGCGGAGCAGUGGAGAUGGAAAAGUUGCACGAAUUCCCAUGGGUGCUGCACCUCAGCGGGCUCAAGUUUCAGCUCCAGUCUAAUGUUGUUCCUAUUGGUUUGAUCAGCAGGGGAAUCUACUGCCAUAGGGCACUUCUCUUCAAGUGUCUAGUUGAUUGCAUCGGAAUGAGCUGCACACUUGUUAGGGGUGAGUACAACCGGGCUUGGAACGAGAUACUUCUCUUCAGUGGGAAUCCCUCCAGCAAUGGGCGCUCCUCACAGCCCUGCCGCUACAUAGUGGACCUCAUGCACCAGCCUGGAAGCCUGUUGACAGCCAAUACCCCUGCUGCUGUGCAGUAUCAGACUAUAUAGAGCAACAGUAGUGUAGAAAUACUGUACUACAUAACACUGUGACCAGACAUUUUACUGAGAUGCAUUAUAGAUAACUGAUUUGUAUUGUAUGUGUAUUUGCUGUAUGGCAGACCUUUACACCAUACAGUAUUAUUUAAAUCGUUAGUUGAUUAUUUUGGUGCACGCACAAGACAAAAUGGAAAGAAAAAAUGCUGUUUGUCUGAAUGAAUAAGGCUUCCCUAAUAAACACACUGAUUUAA